UAGGCUUCUUGUGCAAGUCUGCUUGCAUAGUUGAAGCAAAACAAAAUGUUUAAAAUAUAAUACAGUAGUUAAACAAAAUGUUUUGAUUAAUAUAAGUGUAUUCAAGAAAAGCUAAAGUAAUUUUUCCUGAUGGAAUGCCUCACUAACUGGUUUCCUGAUUAGAUUUUACUUUGGAUAUCCAAGGCAAGUUCAAGAUUUCUUGACUGCAGAGGAAAUCCACAGAAUUUUGUCUUCUGUGUAUGGUUGAUGGGCUGUCUUGGUACAGGUGAAGGUGAGAUUCUUUCCUCAGCUUGCAGCUCUGUGGUGGUCAGGAUUGGUACCUGCAGCAAGCUCAGAUUUUCAGCAUUCUGCUGUAAGUGCUGUGUCUUAACACUUUCUGAGAAUUUUUUUUCCUUUUGCCAGUUGCUUCCUCUAGCCUAUAGUUGAAGCACUGGAUUAUUUUAGACAGGAAAGAGAGGGAGUAGACAAAAAUAGUGGGGUGAGAAUGAAGAUAAUGUGUAUUCUCAUUCUUCCCUCAGUGCUGUUUCAUGGAUAAAAUGUUGGGGAAAGUAUUAAACAGUGACCUCUUUUAUUCUCUUUGUAAACUGUAGUAUUACUUCAUAGAUUUUAAGUGUUUCUCUAGUUAUUAAUCAAGUUUAUAAUCACAAAUAUAUGGAACUUCCUGCAUUUCAGGAGAAGGUAAAACUUACAUCAUUAUUAAUUUAAAAUCAGUUUGACACAAAUAAUUUUCUGUUUCAAGUGCAGCACCUUUGACAAUGUCAUGAGUGAAGGUGAAGGAUUUUAGAGCAGAUAAAACAGGAUUGACUGCAGAGCAGUUGUUCACAGUGGCUCUUGGGCUGACUAGUUUGACUAAGCAGGUUAUAAAGUGACAAAUUGUUAGCCACACUGUAAUUUUCUCAUCUAGGCAGUACCAUACAGAGAUAGACAUAAUGGCAUGCUUUUGAUAUCAACAGUAGUGCUGCAUUUUAAUCGUGUAUGCAUGUCCUUCAGUCCAGCAUCCUGUUUAUCUUCCCACAGCUGCACAUCGUGUUAGUGGUUAGAAAUUAAUACUAAAAAAAGAACAAUAACUGCUGCUUUCCUGAUUAGUGUGUUGCAGCACCUUUUCACAGAACAGUAAUUUCCUGGUAUUACUUAGGGAUUUGCCCAAAUUAAAAGCUAUAUAAUUAUCUACUUUUGCUAUCCAAGUGCGGUCAAUUAAUGCUAGCAUUUUUUUUUGUGUUUGACAUUUAUGCAUUGGCAAUAUUUUUCAUACUUUGUAUUCUUACUGCCCAUUUAUCACUCAUCCAUCCUAGUGCAUUUUCAUUCAUUUAUUAAGAAAUCUUGCUGUUUCAUAAAAUAGGUUAAGGACUUCUGUCUUUAAACUGUUUAAUAUCACAGUGGGACUGGUAACAUUCAGGCAAUAAGGAUGCACCUGUGGAGUUACAGUGUCUCCAUAUAUAAUACAUGAGGAAAGUGUGCAUAGACACACAGUAGCUCUAACAGGAAUAGCUUUUUGAAAAACACACAAGGACUUGAAGUUUCCUGGAGGAAAAUUUUAUUUGAGCUAGUGUGAGACAUGAGAUGUGACAGUAACCUGGAUGAGUAAAUUCACAAAUGUCAUGAUUUUCCUACUCUCAUAGUUCAGUCGUAUUUGCUCUUGUCUACAUCUACAUUAAUGGUUUGUUUGUGAACAUACAGCUGCAAGAGGACUCUUCAAGACUGAGUUGAGUUUUACUAGAAGUGCCCUUGGUCCCUAAAAUAGUGCCUAGUGAAUAUGGUCAGUAGCAAUAUUCUGCCUCUUAUUUUUUGUGGAAAAUGUGUGGACUACCACUAUCUAGGGUUCUGCAUUUGGAACUCUUCAGCAUCUAUUGUAGUUGCUGAUGCUGAAGUGUCUAAAGUAGUACUAUGUCCCCUUCUCCUACCUAUAUCUGUCUCCUUGUCUAUCUGGAAAUAAUUAGCUUGCUUACUGCAGUAUAAAGCCAGUAUUUUACAGUAUUUUGGAAUGUCCUUCUUUGAUAAUAUUGAGAGUUUUUAAUGAUUUCUUUAGAAAAGUAGGUAUCUUUUUUUAUUCCUACAGUUGUGUGUAUUUUAGUAGAACACAACACCAAAAGAUGCUAAAGUGUGAUGGGAACAUUUAUUCUCUAGUAAGGAUAUGGAAAUAGAUUUUGGAAACAUUAAAGUGUCAGUGGUCAGCCUAAUUUGAAGUAAUACCUAACUGUAACCACAGGUAGCAUUUGACACCAUGUUGAAAGCUAAGUACUCCCCUUCUACAGGUGUGUGUUUUUUCCACCUUGUCUGUCAUGCUUGAAUGAGAGAUUGCCAAGUUUACUUUUACUCAAAGUGAGUGCUUUUCAAUUGUGGUCCUUGAGGAUAAGCUUGUUUUUGGUGGACCUUCCUGUGUAGAGUGGUACCAUUCUAAAGUACAGGAGACUCUACUGAGCUUAAAAUAUGAAGUAUUUUAUUGUCUCUUCAUUUUGGUUUCUGGUAAUGAGUGGUUUUCAUUUUUACCCCUUUGAAUCAAAUAUGUUCAUGUAUUAUGAGGAAAGGGUUAAGAGGUUCUCCAGGUUUCUAAUCAUUAUGUAAAUGAAUGUCUGCUUUUUCUCAUUGUGUAUCAAGUCUGAUAUGUCAGCCAGUAUGAGUUCUGCCAGUUAGAUAAUUGGCAUUUUGUGAGUGUAAGUACUUACAGUAUGCAAUUAUAAAUCUUCAUUAGGUUAUUAUAGAGUUUUGCCUCUGUCAUUUGGUAAAAUUAGUUAGAAAUUUUAACUUUUCUCUCAAAAAGUUGUCUAUACAUAAUGUUAGUAAAUGGCAAGAAAGUACCUAAUAAAAUGUCAUGUUUUCUUCAGGAUAGUUAUGUCCUCAUUUAUAAAGUUAGAAUUUUGUACAUAAUUACUUGUACAUCCUCUUUUCUUUAUAGAGAUGAUACACUGAAGCUAUUUUAUCUUCCCCUCUAUUUUUUUUAAUCCCUCUAGUUAAAGGCAUGCUUACCCACACCUCUAAUAGACUAUUAGCAUUUAAAGGAGCUCUUUAAAUUAUGAUUUUGCAGUUGUCAUCAGUGUUUGGCCUUGGAUUUAUUUAGCUUGCCUGACAGGUAACAGUGCAGUUUUAAUGAUAAGAGUGAAAAAUGUGACUUUGGUCUUAGUCUGACUAUCAGAGUCUGCAUAAUUCAGAAGGUUACACAGAGCACUGCCAACUUCUUUAAUUGCAUGUCACAUUAUGGCAUUGGCAAAAGGAUGCACUUUAAACUUUACUUGUUCACAGUUUCCAUCAAUUUUUCUCCUACACUUGAUUGUUAGUAUGGACUGGUCAGAAGCAUAUUAUCUUUUCCCUUAAGACCCUUAAGCCUUGGUUUUAAGGAAAAAUAUACCUUGAUAGCAAGGAAUUAUAUCACUAAUUGCAGCUAAACUGCUGCUGCUGAAAAAAAACCCAAAAAACAACCAAAAAAACUGUAGUCAUAAUGGUUUGGUUGCUGCAGAUAUCUUGUUUUUAUUUAUGGCCUAUAUAAAAUAUUUCAGAAGUCUUAAAACUAUUCUAAUUAUGUUUUACCCUAAAUUUUAAGAUUUCAAUUAAAUAAAAGUCAGCAAAAGAUAACAGACUAACUAGCUUCCUGCAAAAUCUUUGCAACGUAUGGUUUACAUGUUUGGAAAUUAGAUACUGAAUAAAUAGUGACAGAAGUAUAGCAUAUUACUAAAAAAUGUGUAAAAAUUACAAGAUUGUAACAAAAAAUAAAAAACCCCCCAAACCUAAACCAUAGAUUUACAUCUGGUUUUGCACCUGGAUUUGUGUGAGCCACGUUGGUACAUCUGCUUAUCUCUCUGUGCUAUACUCUGUGAAAUUUGACAGAGUACCUGUAGAGAUUUUUCAGUGAUUUUCUUUAACAGUGCCAAACUAUUAUGGUAAGAUACCAGAAGUGAUAAACAUCACAACUCAUGUCACUACAAGACCUUCUGCAAAUAAAUACUGUCUUGAAAAAUGAUGUUUCAUAAUCAAACAAUUUAAUGAGAAAGUGAGUGUUUAAAACAAAACAUCAGGUUUUGAUAUUAAAAAAUGCCUAAGUAUAAAAGUAGCUUGUAUUUUUAAGAAGUAGCUUUUGUAUUUUUUGUGUGGGUAUUCUUUGUAGUAGUUGUUGCAAACUAUUGAAGUUUUCUCUUUCUGUUAAAUAUCUGGAGCUGUCAGUUGCUAAUGCCAAGUAUAUGCCCAUCCUGUCUCCUAAACUAGCAGGCAGAAUGUGGUUUUGCAAUUGAGUUUUGAUUAAAUUUCUAGAAGCUAAAAUUUGGGAAAUUAAUUUAAAUUCUUUGGACCUUUUGGUUUGAAUUGCAUUCAUAUUGAGUACAUUAAUACUUUUAUAGUUUGAACAGAAUUGCAGUGAAAAGUAAAGGCUAAAGCUACAGUGUUAUUGUCGGCAUAUCACAUCUGUGUGUUACAUUUAGGGCCAGCCUUUAUUAUGUUACUGGUUUGUUCAUAAACUUAGUGGUUGCUCCAUGGAAGACUUAGAUUUCUGGAUAAAGAGAAGAAAUUCUAACAAUUUCUCAAAUGAGCUUUUAGUUUCACGAGAGCUUUCUGUCAUAUUAUUUUGUUAGAGUCUAAGGUCAAAUUAGGUUUAUAGAAUAGAAACUUACUUUCAAAUCCUCAAUGGGAAAAAUAACUUUGUAAUUUUCAUGCUGUGGAAGAGAGAAAUUUUCAGUAAAUGGAGCAGAAAGUCAGUAUUCUUACUGAAACAGAAAUAUUAAAUACUAGAAGGUAUCUAUAAUAUUUGAGGCAAUCAGAAAUGUUUAGUUAAACUCGAUAAGGGGAAAAACAGAAAACUAUUUUGGGAUCUGGUAAGUUAAUAAGGUGUAAAACAGUUCACCUGCCUACUGGAUGUUAAUUAAAUCUUGAUGUCUGUGCUACCUAAGCAGUAGUUUAGUUCCUGAAUUGCUUUGAUUUGUGGUCAUGUCCAGAGAUGAUGUGGGCAGAAGGAAGUAGAUAUUUGAAAAAAUAAACUUGUACAAUAGCCUACCUGUGGAGAAUAAAAGUACAAGGAAGCCCUGCAAGAACAGAUGGUUGUUAAGUACACAAUGGGAGGGCAAUACAUAGUUUCACUCUUAAAAGGUUAAAUUAAUAAUUACAGUGCUAAAAUUCAGUUGUUCUCGCUUUUGGGCUUUAUCAUAAUUUUGUAGUGAUUGUGAGAAGGAAAUCCAUUCUCAAACAUUGACUUUAGACCCUGUUUUUGAACUUGUUGCAUACUCUCUGCUAUGUACAUAAGUGAGAUUUGGAUGACUAGUUUGUCCCACCUAAUAUCCAUUAUAUUGGCUUUAUAUUGCAUGGGUGCAGUGCUUGUAUGUUCUUUCAAUUACUUCAACCUAUCAUUUUAUGCACAAUUUGACAAAUUGCUGUUGCUCAGGCUUCAAGCUUGUAUUUACAAGGAGUUACUGUUGAACUAGAUUUUAAUGUUAAAAAGCCAAUAGCAUCAAUAGCUUCAUCAAUAUUAGUAUAUUAAGAUAAAAUUCACUUGUGGGUUCAAAAAUAAUUUUCUCUGUGACCAUGUGAAGCUGUAUUCAGGUACAAACCUAGAAGUUCUCUCACUGCAGAAGAAAAUUUGCAGUGAAUGAAAUAUGAGAGCUGCCUAAGCUUGUUAGUGUUCCCUGGAUUUUUUUGUACAAUUUUCAAAAAGUAAUGGAUUUUUUUGUUUAAGUAUAAGCCAGUUUGAGAAAUGCUGAUCCAAGUUACGCAUGUAUUCCACCCAGCCUUUUUUAUGUUUUUUCCCAAAAUGCUAUCAGUUAUGUGCUACAUAAUUUUGUGACUUGUUCUUAACAGGUACUGCUUUCAGGUACUUUAAAAAGACGUACUAUUAAUGAAGUAAUAACUCUAAAUUACAUUGCAGUUAGUUCUGCAGGCCUUUGGGUGCAGUAUUGACAAAGUGUAAAACAGGACUUUCUCUACCUAGUACAGAAUGGAAGGAGCUAUGAUCUAGAUUAAGAUUUUUUUUUCCCGAGUUUGGGCAUGGGAUUCAGCUAUCAGAAUAGUCUUCAGUGUGCUCAGAACCACAGUGGAGCUAGGGUUUAAGCAAAAAUUUUGUGAACAUUCGUAAGAUGCUUUCAGUGCAAGAUCACAGAGACAUUCAGCCAGCUUACUGGUCAUCAGCUUUCGUUUAUCUGGUCACUGCUCUACUGGUUCUUCUAAAUUUUUAUGCUGUCUGAUAUACUGGAGAGCUUUGUUAAUUCAUUUAGUUUUUCAAAAUGUGUUGCUUCUGACAUUUUGCAAAAAGAGAGCUCUAUGAACAUUUGCCUUUUAAAAGUUCUUUUUUUAAUUUGACUUUUUGUAGCUAUAAAGGGUUGUUUCAUAAAGCACACCUUGGAAGAAGAAAUUUUGGGUUUUUUGGGGUUUUUUUGUACAAAUAUAGAUUUCAAUAUAAAGAGGCUAUAGGUGGUGAAGUUUAGGUAGAACAUAAUUUUCUGUUUGAAGUCCCUUUCUAUUUUUGGCCAGUCUCUGAUUCUACCCUUAUCUGACUAUUGAUAAUCUUUUUCCGUUACUCUUACUGUUCUGUCCCCCACAUCCAGGAUACUUCAUCAAUGUUUCUGUGAACUAUACAGUGUUUUCUCUUUAAUUAAAUGACAUGGCAUUUUAUUUUACUUUUCUCUAUGUCAACAAUUAUGUGAAAUACUGUGAAAAAAUAUAAGUGUGAAAAUAAAUACUCAAAUCUGAAGAAGAAUUAGUUUUCUUGUUGAUCUGUUGGUCUCAGAAAAAAGAAACAACUGCAGUUCUAAUUCUGGGUUGUAACAGGCUUUGUCUAAAAUGGCCCAUGGACCAAUUUUACUUACUGAUUUCUUAUUUUAGAUUAGACAUUUGGAAGAAAGCUUCUUCAAAAGCAUGUCCUUGUCUAUUCUGUUUUCUGUUCUCAUGUGUGUUUCAGCUUGGAUUAUAUAGAUAAAGACAUUUGGGUUACAUUUCAUCCCUUAUGUGAACUCAUGCUUCCUGUGUGAGAUUACUAUAGCUGAAGGGACUUGAUUCUUCUGCUGUUGCACCCUUUUUUGGGUAUGGCUAUUGAUGGUCUUUGUCAUCUUUCUUUUGCUAAGCAGAAGUUCUCGUUGCAGGAAAAUCAUGAGAUCUUAGUUAUGUUGCUGUUUGUAGGCUUAAUCUCCCCUUUCCCCUUUGAUGAUGUGACUGAGCUUUGCAAGUAUUUCUUCCCUGUGAUGGAUGAACUGAGGGUGUAAUGUCCGGUCCUUAAGCAAGAGGGAUAUUUAUAGCCAAUGAAGUGUUUUUCUGCACAGGGGACACUGCAGGAAAUGAAAGCUGUGCAUGAAAGGUGUGGCUCUCAGAACCAGAAGCACUCUCAUAGUCUUCUGUGGAUGAAUUUGCUUUAAAAAGGGUGGCCUGAAGUGAGACUUAAGAAAGUGCUUGGGUCAGGUCAGAAAUACAAGUAUAUAGCAGCUUAUUGCCACGUCGUAUGGGUCUCAUGUCCUAGGAUUUCAUAGGUUUCUCUGGGAUUGCUGGCAGGUUGUGCCUUGCUCAGAGGGCAGGAGACACUGGGCUCUUCCCUCCAGAGUAUGUGUUUACCCUCUCGGUUGUCUGGGCUGGAAUGUGUGUGAAUGUGGCAGCAGUUUGGCUCUGUAUACAGAGAACAGUGUAAUUGUUGCAACCGAUUUAAUAAAGCAUUUCAGGUUCUGGCUGAAAGAUAGGGGAGGUACAGGUAAUUCAAUACUGCUGCUGCAAAUAGUUGUGCUUUAUUCUGAAAGUUAUUCCUAACUCUCUUAGUUAAAUCAGUAGAUUAAUAAAAAAGAAAAAAAACAAACAAAAAACCCCAAAUAAAAAACCUCAAACAACAAAACUCAGCAGUUACAGACUAAGAUAGUUCUUGGUUUUCUAGAAACAAAUCAUUGAGAUUUCCUUUCCAACAAUGCUUCUGAAGCACAGAUAAAAUGGCUUCCUGUCCCAGGGUUUCCUGUAUCCAUGGCAACCUGACUUUAGGCACUUCUUUCUUAGUUUCCUGAGCAAACUGUUUCAAACCCAGGGGCAAAAAUGUGAGUGCUGUAGUACACAGCAAUACUGCCUUUACAAAGGUUUCACAAAUGAGUGUAGUUGGUCAGCUUAUAACAUAGUCCAGUGGACUGCAGACAGCAAAAUAACGGAAAUAAUGAACUUCAGAUUUGGGUGAAGUCAGAGAUGAGUAAGAAGGCCAAAGACAGGGAUAUGUGUAUUCUGAAAAGUUCUCCACCCUGCCCAGGAGCAUUCCUGUAUAUAUUUAAUUGUUUUCUUUUGUUGCUGCUCCAGAAGGAGGCUUUUGGCUGUCCAUCUGCUUGUCAGCUCUGCACAGGGACACAAGUUAGCUGUCGUAAUGCAGGGCUUUCAAGCAUCCCUUGGAACCUUCCAAAAACAACAAUUCUUGUUUACCUCAGUGGAAAUAAUAUAUCACAUGUCACUCCAAAGGAUCUAAGUGGCUUUCAGAAGCUUGCUGCACUCUACAUGGAUAACUCCAGUAUUUUGUAUGUACACCCAAAAGCUUUUGUGGACCUCCCCAAACUGUGCUACUUGCAUCUAAAUAACAAUAAUAUUAAACGCCUGGAUCCAGGAAUCUUUGAAGGCCUUUCCAAUCUUCAUUGUUUAUACCUUCAGAAUAAUCAAAUAGCUUUUCUUCCCAGAGGAUUAUUUAGUGAUCUUCUUUCUGUUAGAUACUUAACACUUCAAAGAAAUCGUCUCAGUGUCCUUGGAAGUGGGACUUUCUGGGGAAUGAUAAGUCUUCAGACACUAAACCUAGCAAAUAAUAAGAUUUCACGGAUAUCAGAUUCAGCAUUUCAUCAUCUUGAAAAUCUUGCAUAUUUGUUUCUUGAAGGUAACAACUUAACACUUGUGCCAUCAAAUGCUAUUGGACGGCUCAAAAAUCUUGAAAGACUUUCUUUGUCUCACAAUCCCAUUGGAUCAAUUGAGCCUUUUGCAUUUAAGGGACUUAACAAGCUUAGAUAUCUGUCUCUGAAAAAUGUCAAGCUAAAAUGUGUUGCUGUAAAUGGAUUUUUUGGAUUAAACAACCUUAGCCAGCUAAUCUUAAGUUAUAAUGAUUUAGAAAGUAUAAAUUCCAGCACUUUCACUUUGUUGAACAAUUUAAUGUAUCUACAGCUAGACAGAAAUAAAAUAGCCAAUAUUGGUGAUGGUACCUUUGAAAAAAUGGGGCAGUCACUUAGAGUACUCAGUUUAGCUUUUAAUAAUAUCACAGAAUUACAGCCUGAAGUGCUCAAACCCUUAGUAUCUUUAACUCAUCUGCAGGUACAUUCUAAUCCUUGGAACUGCAGCUGCAAAAUGCUUGUGUUACUUAAUUGGCUAGCAUCAUCUUCCGUUUCUGCAAAAAUCUACUGUCAGAAUCCCCAGAGCAUGCGUGGGAGACCUUUGCAUUAUAUGAAGUGGGCUUGGUUUUCAAACUGCAUUGGCCCCACUGCCAACCCGGGCUCUGGCCUGAGUCCAGGAUCUGUUGGGAUGCAUCACAGUGCUACCACUCUGCUGAUGGCCUGGCAUAAAGGGAACAGGCACAACACGUUACAACAGUUUGUCACUGCAGAAACUAAGUACAUUGCUUUCUGGGGAGGAACUACAGCUACAUCUUCUACCCCGUUGCCUUAUGAGGAAUAUGCUGUUGAAAUGCCAUCACAGGCAGCUACAGUGUUAUCAACAUUACCAGUGCAAAUACCAGCAGAAAUUCUACCUACUAAUAGAAAUGUAGAAGAAGAACAGUUGUUUACAACAGAUCCUGUUCCUGUAUCAUUGAAAACAACUCUGAUUUGUACACAACAGGUUGAAGAGCUGAAUCAAGCUUUUGACAUUUUACUAGCCUUUUUUAUUCUGGCUUGUGCUGUUAUCCUGUUCUUAACUUGUAAAGUUAUUCAGUUUAGGCAGAAACUAAAGGUGCUGGAAAACUCAGGGGAAAAGAGUAUAGAAUAUUAUGGCUUUUAUCAGCCUGGCAGAUACAACAUAACUGACUCAGUGCAAUCUCUAACUCGGAAAUCAGUGGAACAUUCAGAACUGGACCAAAUAAGGCUGCUCAAGCGAACAGCAUCAGAAAGUCAGGCACAGGUCAUCUUGUUCGAACAUUCAUCAUUGUAAUUUAUCUCAUUUGAUAUGGUGUUAACUGUGGUAUGAAAGGUCAAGAAAUCAAGGACUCGGUUCUAUAAGAAUACCUCCACCAAUUAAAAUCAACUGCUUAACAGAACUGUGGAAAAUGGCACAUUUUGGGUUCUGCAUCACCAUUUGCUUACUGAAUGUUUUGAAAUUUAUUGAUUAUUUCAUUAUGUCAUUUCAAACUAACAUGGAUGGGUUUAUUAACCUCAGUCCCUAUUCGUAGUAAUCAUUCACCUAUGCUCAAUUAUACAUGCAGUAUAAAGUACACUUUAUUUUGCAGUAUUAAUGAUGUAAGUUCCUAUAGAAAUUCCACAGCUAUUGGGAAGCAGCAGAGCAUCUUUUUGAACAUCAUGAAGCCAAGAAAUUUUGGGGAUUUAGAAAACUGUUUCAUGUGUUCAUUGUAAUAGAGUUUCUACUCUUCCUCUAUUAAAUAAAGCACAGUGGAAAAAAGCACAUUUACAGCUAGCAUGUUCAAACUCUUGAGUAAGAGAAUAAUGUCAAACUAUACAAAUUCUGUUCAUAUCUAUAGCAUACUGUAAUAUACAAAGUUGUGUUCAGUCUGUAUAAUGAGUAUAUUAAAGUGAUAGUGUGUAUCUCUAUUGUUUUAUGAAAUACCCCAAAUUGGAGUUAAGAAAAACUAAAUUUCUGUUGAAAUUUACCAAAGUUUAAUGACCAAAUUAUUAUGUCUAAAGUAGUAUUGUCAAUAAAAGAUCAUCAUCUAUGUCAUC